AGUCGAGUUUCGGCCGUUUAACCAAACAGAGGUGCGCAAGCGGACAAACCAAGUCGAGGCAGGAGCUGGAAGCAACACCAGUAGCAGGAGCAGCAGUUAGUGACCAAGUCGCAGACUCCAUCCAUAAAAAAAAAAAAAUCACAAAAUAGCCAAAAAAAAAACAAUAACAAAUCAAAUCUAAAAAAGUGUGUGUGUGUGAGUGUGAGUGGGUGUGUAAUCCAUUGUGAAACUGUCAUUGUUCGGCUGGUAUUCGUGACAGACAGUAAGGCAGUAAAAGGCUGUAAACAUUCAACGUGUGAAUGUGUUGUCGGCGCGCUGAAUGCGACAGAGCCUGGCCCGGAAAAGUAGGCAACAAACAAGUGCAAAAAUACAAAAUCCCCCCAAAAAAAAAACAGAGUACAAUUGGAAAUCUAAUUAGCGGCAGGCAAGGUCAAGCCCCGACCUUUUCAAUCAUCAUCACCAGAGUAUUGGCAGCAGCGGCAACUCGAUGCGAAAAGCAACAACAACAACAAUAGUGACCUGACCAAAAAAGGCGUUGCUCGCACCAGCAGCAACAACGACGACGACAACAACAACGACAGCAAUUGAAACGGCCAAACCGAAUCCGAAAGCGAAAGCGACGUCAACAGCAGCAAACACUUUCGCGCGCCCAUGUAUGCGUGUGUGUGUGUGUGUGUGCGUGUGUGUGUGAGCUUGUCUGUGCUUGUGUGUCUAUUGAUGUGUAUGUGAAUCUGUUGUAACUUUGAACUGAACACUGAUAACGGAUAUAACGCACGUUUUAUUUUUCCUGCCGCAGCUAUUUGAUGCUGCCAAAACAGUUUCUCUACUCCCGUCUGUUUGUCUGCACGCGUGUGUGUGUGUCUCUGAGUGUAUGUGUGUGUGUGUGUGUGUUUGAGUGGCUGCUGACAUCACUGCUUUGUCUUUUUUUCGGUGGCAGCGACCAGAGGGGACAAGGAGUUGCGUUAAUGAACCAAGCGUUAAGCGACGAGUAUCCUGACUACCAGCGCUGUACUCAGUUACUGAUCUGAUCAAUUAACAAACUAACUAAAAGCUGCCACAAUCGGGUACACAAAAUAUAUAUAAAUAUAUAUAUAUAUACAUACAAACAAAAUAAAACAAACAAACAACAGCGACAACAAAUCACAGCCAAACCAAAGCCAAUAAACAUGUUCUCCAUGUGCUCAAAGGUGAAGCCAAAUAAUGAGGAGUCAUUCUUAGCAACAUCACAUCAACAACUGCAGCUGCAGCAGCCCAUGGGCACCGGUGGCAAGCAAAUCAAAGGAGGUUACCUACUGCGCUAUAAAAAACAAAUGUUAUGGAAUCGAUGGGCGGAGGAGUGGGUAAUAUUAUAUGAUGACUCGACCAUGGCUUGGUUCACGGAACCAGGACGUUCGUCGCCAUCUGGCAAGAUACUGGUCAAGGAGGCUCCCGAGAUGCUCGCCAUCGCACACUGGACCGGUCAGAUACCACGUCGUCCCCCAUUGCCCGAUGGCGUCAGCGUUUCGCAGCUUAUUGCGCUCGGGUCGCGUCGAAAGCGCUCCAAGGUCUACUGGAUGCUGGCCAAGUCCGAGCAAGAGGUAAGCGACUGGAUUGAUGCCAUCACAAAAACUUUGCCACCACCGCCGCAAAUCGAACUGGUGGUCGAUAAGCCGCAUCUGAUGAAUGUGCUGCGGCGUCCACUUGUCCGCAUUAGACCGGCUACAAACUCUGAAGUGAAGCAACGAAAAUCGGCCGGUUCUGGCAGCAGCAGACAUCACCGCACCUCUUCAGCAGCUUUGACUACCCAACGCCUGCUGUAUAGCCAGAAUCCAUUGGUGAAAAGCGAUGCGGCUGUGGCUAUAUUGAGCAAGAAGCCGGACUCGAAGGCAUCGCUGGCGUGUGCUCUGCCCUGGGGACACGGCUGGGGCUGGGCCACUUUGCCCAACGGGGUGUGGAGUGGCGGCCUCACUUGGUCGCAGUGUGAGGACACGUUUACGCUUCACGCACUACCCACGACGCACUGCACCAAUCUGAUUGAUACGUCGUGCAGCGGCGCCGUCUAUCACACCGAUAUUGGCGGCUUCGAUUUCCAUUCCACGGGAGUUGAUGAUCUGGGCGGCGAGGACUUUGACUAUGCCAUGGACUGUGGCGAUUUCAUAUUCUAAUUUCACAGCUCAAAACAGAACCCCAACGUUGCCAUUCCAAGCAGCAGUCGAACCCACCCAAAGCGCACGGCGUACAAAAUAAACAAAAAACAAAGAAAUAAGGGAAAUAUUUAAUGACGUCGAGUUGCAUUAGAUUAUAGAGGAUUGCGAGAAUUUAAUUGUAAUCGCUUUUGUAGAAUGGCAAAGUAAGCUGUUUGUGUCCCGUUGUUAGGCGUUGUUAUUAAUAUAAACAUGGAUAUAGCGACCUAUAUACAGAUAUGUAUAUAUAUAUAUAUAUGUAUACCAUAUGCAGUAUAUGUGUGUAUAUAUAUAUAUAUGUGUGUGUGUGUGUGUGUUGGCAAAGUCACGUUGCGUAUACGCAUCUGGAUGAAUAAGUAUACGUAACACAUAUGUAUGUAUUAUUAUGUUAGCGGCGUAUGUUUGUGUUUUGGAUUGUGUUUGGUGUUUGUGUUUGUUGUUAGAGUGCUAAUUAACGUGUAGAAUCCAAGUUAACGUAACACAUUGAAUUAAUUUCCGAAAUGAUAAUUAAUCGCAUGUUAUAUGUAUAUGUGAAUGUGGGUUUGUGUGUCUGUGUGUAUGUGUGUGCAACAUAUGGCAAAUGAUGUAUCUGAAAUGCAUUGCACAUAACGCACACAUGCACGCACUCACACUCGGACACACACAGACACACUUACUUACACACACACAGAAGCCACCGACACACAGCAAUGCACAGAGGAAGAACUUUUAUCAGUUUCAAAAAUCACUGACAAAAGUUUUCUGCAGCUCGCCAGUGAAUAGGUAAUACUAUUUUCAUGGAAACGGAAGAAAAAACAUAUUGAAUACCUUAAAUAACUUUUUAUGCAUUUUAUAACAAUUCCCUUACACAUUUUCGACGUCGAUGAUCACAAUUGUGUUAUGUACGCGCCUUUAGUGUGCAAUUUUUAAAAAAUUUUAUAGCGCAGCUACUUAAGUAAAAUCGAUAAAUGUUAUUUGUAAUUGUGUAGUGUACAUGCUGGCUAUGUUCACAUACAGCAUUUUUAUAGUUUGGUAUAUAAAGGCGACAAGUUUUGCAAUGGAAUGUAAUGGCCCAACAAAAGCAAGAGGAAAACCAGGUUAAACUUAAUAUAUACACACAUACUACAGAGUAAACCCUAGUUGUAAUGCGCAAAUGAGAACCCCAAGCACUCCCAGCCGGAGAAGUUAAUAGAAACACAAAACCCACCCGUACUGAUAAAGUAAAGUUUAUGAAAUAAACAGAAUUAAAUUGACCGCAAAUAUUUAAAUAAAAGAAUAACAAAAAAAAUGUAUAUGUAUUUACACAUAAGGAUCAAUGCAGAGACAUGCAUCAAUUAUCCACCGUUUAACAAGAUAAGCAAGAAGCGUUCAAUAACUUCUAAUGUUUAGAAUGAAAGCACCUGACAUUAUUCAAAAUAUUUAGGAUAUCGCCUAAAAAAAACAAAUUUCUUUAUGGUUAAAUACAGAACAUUUUUGUUUGACAUUCCGAUUCUAUAUUUUGUUACGUACAGAUAUUUACCGACGAAUUUUGGUAACAUUAAUUUUUGUAUAAAUAUACAAUAUAUCAGGGGCCUUCAUUCCAAAUGCCUGAUGCUUAUUCAAACGGACAUUUCAACCAACUCAUCAAGCAUUUAGAAUUUAGAAUAAUUUCAAAAAAAGCCACUUGAAAAAGUCGCAUUUGAAUUUGUCAAAUUUGAACAUUUUUGAGCGCUCGAGCGCAGAAAUGGGAGAAGAAACGCCGCUACGGAAACCUUAAACAAGAACGUUUAGAAAUUAAAUGUUAGCAUAAGUCAAAAGUGUCUUUCGAGAGAAAGUAUACCUUCAAGAAUUGUUGAAAGCCAAAGAUAUUAACAAACAUUUUGUGUAAUAUACAUACUCACAAAUAAUGUGCAGGUUUUCAUAAUGUUGCAAAAUAGUUCAAUAGCAAAACAAUAAAAUACGGGUAACAAGAAAUUUCUUGCCUCUCAGCAUAUGAAGUUAGUACUUAACACCGUAUGCCCUCUAAAUGUAGCUCAAAAUAAAUAAGUGUGUAUAUGUAUGUACUUGAAUAAUAGCGGUAGGCAAUGCCUAGCAUAUGCAUGUAUGUAUGUAUGUAUGUUAAACUAUAUUCAAAAGUAUGUAUAACUAUUUCAAAGAGUCGACGAAAGCCGAAAUGCAGCCAAAGUCAAAUCCAUCGCGGCUUAUUGUAUUGUAGCUAUCGGCAUCGAUAUUAAUCGAUAAAAACAGGCACAAACAGAAACCUUAACCUGAACCCAAGCAGCCUUAGUUAAAGAAGCUACCGUUAUACACUUAUUCACGACACACAGAUACAAGUUUAUAAAUGUUAUAUGUACUAAGAAAGAAGAAAAAAACAAAACAAACAAAAAACAAAAAAAAAAAACCCCCUAAAGUAAUGUAGACUAAAAGACUUAAGCAAUUGUCGUAUAGACGUUAAAUUAGAGCGCAUUGAAUGUUGGCUUUAAAAUGUUUAGAAAUGUAUCUUUAUAAGUAGUUAAAAGCAGCGACAACUGAGCGAUGUGCUUAUAGGCAGGCGAUCGAGUUUAUCGUCAGCAUUAUCUUGUAGUCUGAAGUGUAGCCCAAAUAAAUUAUAUGUAAUUGAAUGUAAUUUCAUUGUCGAGAAGCGAAGAAGAACGAACAUUGCAUGAAUUGUUAAAUUUAUAAUUUUGAAUACCAUAAUGAAUAAGAAAA